CAGGUCCAGAUUUGCAUAAUUGAAACCCUUAAGUUUGUGUGUGAUCAACUAUCAAGUAUUUUUCUGUACCCCGAUCGCCCGAUCUUCUGCUUGAACACAGAGGAGCUCUACAAGCAAAUCAAUCAGGUUGACAGCCUGACAGGGUCUAGAAUUCCUAAAUAAAUUGGCUGCUCUGAACUUAACCUUACUUACAAAAUCUAUUCCGAAUGAAGCUUACACCGUGGCUUUCUGGGUUACUCAAAAUACCAGCCGCCUUUGGUAUUAUAACAGUCUGCUAUUUGCACUUUUGGUUUUGGAACACAGCCUCUUACAUUGAACUGGAUCAAGUAGCAAACACAUAUGAUUUUAUUGUUGUUGGAGCAGGAUCGGCUGGAGCAGUAAUAGCGUCUCGACUUUCUGAAAAUCGAACCUAUUCGGUGCUGUUGAUUGAAGCUGGAGGCUAUCCGUCUCCAUUAGUUAAUAUUCCACUGAUUUCUGGUAUCUUCCCGUCAACACCUUUCGCCUGGAACUACCAAACUGAGCCGCAGAAAUUUGGUCUUUCAGCUUCAAUUAACCGCAGAUCAAAUUGGCCCAGAGGAAAAGGACUUGGCGGAUCAAGCAUACUGAAUUUUUUGCUCUACGUAAGGGGUAAUAAAUACGACUACGAUCACUGGGCUGCCUUAGGUAACGAAGGAUGGAGCUACGAAGACGUCUUACCUUUCUUCAUUAAGUCGGAAACCAAUACUGGAAGCUUUAUCGACGAGGAAUACCACGGAAAAGAAGGAAAUUUGGUAGUAGAAGAUCGAGCGUGGAAAUCAAAUUUACCCCAAGCUUUCAUCGAUGCUGGUUUGGAGUUGGGAUUCAAUUACGUGGAUAUCAAUGGACGUAAUCAAACUGGAUUUACUAUCCCUCAGUUGACAGCCAAAGAUGGAGCUCGGUGGAGCACGUAUUCGGCUUUUUUGAAAAAUUCCCAUUACGAUCAGCCCAACUUGAAAGUGGUCACAUUUGCGCAAGUUGAAAAAAUCUUGAUCGAUGAAUCAAAGCAAGCGUAUGGGGUCCAAUAUAAAAGACACGGCAAUCUUAAAACAGUUUUGGCGACAAAAGAAAUUAUUUUGUCAGCAGGUGCAAUCGGAUCGCCUCAGAUUCUAAUGUUGUCUGGCAUCGGGCCCAAAGAAGAUUUGCAACGGCUUGAAAUUAAAGUGGAGUCCGACUUGAGAGUCGGUGAUAACCUUCAAGAUCACAUUUACGUGCCUUUGACUCCACUAAUCCAUAACGAUAGCUCCGCUUCGCUAGUGAGCCCAUUUGAUCUCAUGGCAUGGUGGGAUUAUUUUAUUCACGGAACAGGUCAAUACACAAGUAAUGGCGUAGAUGGCAUGGCCUUUAAAAGUUCAGAAAAAUGUGAGCCGGACUGGCCAGACAUGCAACUUCAUUUCGUGUCAUACUCAGCCGCUUCCGAUCACGGGAUUUGCGUGAGGCAUCUUAUUGGUUUAGAAGAGACCGCAUGGAAAGAAUUAUUCGAACCACUAUCUUACGUCGAUACCGCUUCGAUCUUCGCAACGCUAGUUCGACCAAAGAGCAGAGGCUGGAUCCGCCUUCGUUCUGUCAAUCCGUUGAAUGAACCAAUUAUUGACCCACAAUAUUACAGUCACCCUCAAGAUGCUCAAGUGAUGUUAGAAGCUCUUCAAUUCGCGCAGAAAACACUCAACACGACAGCAAUGAAAAAGUACCUACAUCUUUAUGAUUUUCGUCUUCCAAAUUGCCAGGAUUUCCCUAUUGACUCGCAUCCGUACUUGGAAUGCCUUAUACAAUACAUGACAGCUACUUUGCACCAUCCGGUAGGGACUUGUAAAAUGGGUCCAUCAACAGAUCACGAAGCUGUAGUAGAUCCUCAAUUAAGAGUGUAUGGAAUCAAAGGCUUACGAGUUGCUGAUGCUUCGGUGAUACCCGUUAUUCCCAAUGGGAACAUAAACGCGCCUGUUAUUAUGAUCGGAGAGAAAGCUGCCCAUAUGAUUUUAGAAUAUCACAGAAAUAAUUAUAUUCAAAAGAAUUCUUCGGAAAGACAAUCUCAUCGCAAAUUUAUUCCUAAAACUGCUGGAGACGAACUUUAAUUUUUUCUCAAUUAUAUUUGAAUUACAAAAUUUAUUAAAAAAUACACAUUUGAAGUUUGUU